AUGUAAGGUUUCUUAGUAGAAGGUAAGGAAAUCAGUAAGGAUUAUUCUUAUGACUGGGUUUAAGGCAAUGCUGAUUUAGUAGCAAUAGAAAAAGGAAUUUCCGUUUUACACUUCAGUUAAGAAUUAUUAAAAAGAGAUUUAGAGAUGGAAUUCAGAGUAUUGUUUAGUUUCUAUUUAGUUAUUACGUAGAUUAACAGAAACUUAAUAUCAUAAUGAUAAUUUAUUUGACUUUCAUCCUGAUGUUCAGAAGCUUAAUAGAUAUAAUAAUAUCAUACCAUGUAUAUAAAUUGGUGAUAAAUUAGUCAAGCAUUCAAUUGUGAAAUUAAAGAGUGAAGGUGACGAUGAAGAAAACAUAAAGGAAAGCUAUAUUAAUGCAAAUUUUAUCAAUGUAAUUGAUAAGUUUGGUAACAUAGUUAAUAAAUGGAAAGGAGAGGAUGAUUGUAGCAACGUAGGGUCCUUUAAAUCAAACUUUUAGUCAUUUUUGGAAGAUGAUUGUAUAAGAAAAUAUGAGUAUGAUAAUCAUGUUGUGCAAUCUAAAAGAGAACCAACGAGUAAAUAUACUCAUAUUAUUUAGACAUAAUGUGAAUAAUAUUGGCCUAAAAAUGUUGGUGAAACUAUGAUUUGUGGAAAUGUUCAUGUAAACUUAUAGAGUCAAGAAGAUCUUGGGAAUAAUAUUACUAAACGAAUAUUGAAAGUUAAUUAGGAAGGAGAUGAAAGAAAUGUUAUUUAAAUUUAAUGGUGUGGAUGGCCAGAUUAAGGAGUUCCUUCUCCAAGUGAUUUUGAUGUGAUCAAGGAAUUAUUAAAUAUUAUUAAUGAAAAGUUGUUAGCAGAUUAAAAAGUAGUUUUUCAUUGCAGGUAUUAAAAGAAUAGGAUUAUAUUAAUUUAGUGCUGGAGUUGGAAGAACUGGGACUUUGAUUGCAUUAUCUAAUUUAAUGAUUUUACUUAAAGCAUAUAAACAACAUAUUGGUGAUGAUUAUUAGAGUAUUUACUCAACUUUAUUUAAAGAAUUGGAAGAAAUUCCAGAACUUUAUAGAAUUUCCAUUUUCGGGAUAGUUCGUAGAUUGAGAGAACAAAGAUGGGGCAUGGUUCAUACUUCAGAAUAAUAUUCAUAUAUAUAUAAAUUUAUUGAUGAAGCUAUAAGAUGUUUGUUUAACAUUUGA